UUAGACGGGGCUUUGAAAUUUAAAUGUCCGCACGAAUAUCAGUUCAUAAGUCGAGUACAAAGCGUACACAGCAAUGCAGCAGAAGACAGAACUUUCGAUCUUGAAUGCUCAAAUGUUGAUGUGAACGUGGAAAACCUCAACACGUCCUGUAUUUGGACAGAUUGGCAAAACGACUUUGACGGGCUACUUGCUUUUGAAUGUGACAACAAUGGAUAUAUUAACGGUAUGAAGAGCUAUCACGACAACAUUGCUGAGGACAGAAAAUGGGCGUUUCAUUGCUGUGAAAUAAAAGAGGUUCAUUUGUUUAACUGUAAAAUAACCGACUGGACAAAUAUCUUGGAUGGUGUUCAGGAUUAUAGACUGCCUUCACAACGAGUCAUGAAAGGCGUUGUAUCUAUACAUGACAAUAAUGCGGAAGACCGUAGGUACAAAUACGAAAUAUGCCAAGUAGCAUGGGGUAACAUAGGAUCGCUUUUUGGGUAGAUCGUUGUUGACUGAUUUAUUAUGCUAAUUUAUUUUGCUACUGUUUUAUAUCAUUAAAUAAAGUAUGUGCAGAACAAAAUUUUGUUAUUUGUU